AGGAUGUUUACUUUAGCACAACCCCUUCGGAUAAAGAAUUAACAUGAUUUGCAUUAAAACGUGGCUCUGGUAUAAAUCGAUGGAGAGUUUCCCGCCAAAUUUGUGUUUACCUCAAAGAAUUGUGGGUAGUGACCGGAUGUGAACAUUUCAUGAUGGCAGCGGGAUACGUUGAUUUGAGAGAGAAGCUCUUGUCACCACACCGAUUUCACUCCACAUCUCAGUCACGGGGACACAAACGAGCGUACAGCGAGGAGGGUUACAUCUCUCGCGAUGUGCAUGUCUCAGAUCAUGGUGCGCCGAGAUCAAAAUAUGAUCAUCAGAGCCUGUCAGAGCGAGAAGAGGAGCUGCGCAAAAUCCACACUGGCAUACGACAACGACGUCUGUUCAGCGUGGAAGAGUGCGAGAAAAUUGAGGCGAAAAUCGACGAAGUCGUCGUGACAGCUAACAACGGCCAGUACAAAAAACACACGGUUGAUAGAGCACCGCUGCGCAAUAAGUAUUUCUUUGGGGAAGGUUACACGUACGGUUCACAGUUGGAAAAACGAGGCCCUGGUAUGGAAAGGUUGUACCCGAAAGGUGAAGUUGACGAAGUGCCGGGCUGGGUGCAUGAACUGGUCGUCAAGCCGCUCUGUGAUGCUAAAAUUGUACCCAAGGGCUUUAUAAACAGUGCAGUGAUCAAUGACUACAUGCCCGGUGGCUGUAUCGUGUCACACAUAGAUCCACCUCAUAUAUUUGAACGGCCAAUCGUGUCGGUGUCGUUUUUCAGUGACAGUGCAUUAUCGUUUGGGUGUAAAUUUACAUUCAAACCCAUCAGGGUAUCAAAGCCUGUUUUGUGCCUACCCAUAGAUAGAGGAUGUGUAACAGCUAUAAGUGGAUAUGCAGCUGAUGAAAUAACCCACUGUAUAAGACCUCAAGAUGUUGUGAAAAGAAGGGCUGUUAUCAUCUUAAGAAGGGUUAGGGAUGACGCCCCACGGUUAGGACCAUCUGUAGAGCCUGGUGUUGGACCCCCAGGGGAAUGCAAAGACACAGAUAGUGACAGCAACUCAGACUGUAAACACAAGCCUUAUCGUACUGUGAUUGCACAUUCUAAGACUUCCCAAGAGCAGAAGGCUCAGCGAAAAAACAGUAUUGAAGAAUCAAAAAGUUCAAAAAUAUUUUCUAAAGUGGUACCCUUGUCAAAGAAGAGAGCAAACAGUUCUGAUUCUAGCAGCGGUACCUUUGAGAGUAGCUCAGACAGCGAGUCCUCUGAUUCAGACCCAUCCCCUCCACCGAUGAAGCUAGCCCGACAAACAGCAGCAUCUUCCCACAGCCACAGGGACAAGGAGAGGAAGCCCAGGGGAAAGUCAUCCCACCGUGAGGUUCGCUUACCCAAGACACAUUACAGGUAGACUGGCUGGCCAGGAGCUAUUGAAAGAGUGGCUUAGAUCUGCGAAUGUCAUGCAAUCUGAAUGAAUGGUGGAAUCUUUCAAGUAAGAUGGAUUGUCCCAGGAAGAAAGGAUAAAACUGUUGUAAGCUUGGAAGUAAACAAUACAAGUUGAACAGUUUUCAGAACAAGUUCUGCAUACCUGAAUGAUCUCUAGUCUGUGGAAUGAAAGAUAAGCCUUGACUUUGCAGUCCUUUAUUGAUUUGAUGCAUUCAUUGUGUGAUUUGAUAUUCCUACAUAAGACAUACAUACAUAAAACACUAGGAAUAUCUUAUUUGACUGAAUAUUAGGGAUACAUGUAUUUGCCUUAGUAAUGGCAAUUUGCAAGAAUAUUUGUUUACAGCGAAAGACAUCCAUAUUCUGUGUCUUAUAUCUUACACUGUAAAGGUAAGGUCUGUUUUCUGAAAUAGAUUAAUGGGCAUAAUACUACAUUGACAUACCAUCGAUGUAUACAUGUACAAACAAAUAAAUACAUGUACGUGCACAUAUAUACAUAUAUAUAAUUCAUUACGAAAGAAAUGUGUACAUCACAUAAGAACAUACUAAAUAUAUUGAAAUAACAUGAGAAGCGUUCAUUUAUCAAUCAUUUAUAGGAGAAACGGAUCAGAAAAAAAUAGUACAAACUAUAAAAGUUAGGCAUUGUUAUUAAAGAUAAAGUUGUCAUUGAUUGGCUGAUUGGUGAGAUAUAAGUUAUAAGGUGAAAGGUCCCGUGACAUCUACAAUGUGCACGCAGUUUGACCCUGUGCGUGCACAUAGUGUUGACUGUGUUAUAUGAAGUUUGUUAGCCACUGUUAGUCUGUGAUAUAUCAGCAUACAUAGCGUGAUGCUGACUGUUAACUGUAACACAAAUGAACAUAAUAUCUUGAUUUUAACUUUAUGAUUACAUGAGAACCAAGCUUCUGUGUACAAAGAAUUAACAAAAUCAGACGUUUUUUUCCUCACUGACACGUCUGAAAGAUGUACAUGUGUGUACAGUAAUAUCUUUGUCCAAAAUUUAGGGGACACUGUGAUAUUUGUAGCUGUGUUUUAUUGAAGCACAUGUUAUAAUGAAGUGUGUUAUAAUCAAAUGGGGGUGUAUUUCCUUCAUGUAACUUGACUUGGCAGUAGAAUCUUGUCUGGCUUCCAUUACCAGCACUGUGCCAGCGGACAGACUUGUAUCAGAGCAGACAAAAAGAUCUAAUACGACAGCAUACAUGGUCAGCGAGCUUAUCUCUGUCAUGUCAAUUUUCUCCACCAGCAAUUAUUGCAGAUGAAAGAUAUUUCAGUGCAACUUUAGUGUGUGUAAUGUUGUAUCAGGAGCUUUUUGUCAUCUCUAUUAGUGGCUUGUUUGUUGACACAAGGUAACAAGAGAUCGUUAGAGAUUUGCGGGGCAAACUUACAAAAGAAUCACAUUUUUAUCAGGUUUAAUAUCUUACAGGUUGUUAUUGUGAUAGACUCACAAAAUAUUGCAAAUUUUAUAAGAAAGUCAAAAUGAUUUGUUGUAUUUUACUUUAUAAUUGUUUAGUUGCUCCAGUCGGUGUCAUGUUUCUUGAUACAGAGCGUAGCAAGUCACAAAGCAUUUAUGUUCAAAGUAGACAGAACUCUUGUCCACAUAAAAUGUGUUGUAGUAUGUCUACAUGUAUGUUACAUGUAGUUUGUCUGACAGAAAAAAAAAUAGAGAAAAGAGAUCUUGAUAAUUUUAAUUUGUAAAGGUAUAUGUCCUUUAAAAACAGUGUAGUUAGAUAUGAUGUAAUUAUGCACGUUUCAGUAGAAUACUCCAGUAGUCACUUUUGUGAUUGGAAGUGGCUGACUUUGUAUUUCGCUGCACAGCAGCUUGCAUCAGAAACAGUAUGUCUCCACACAUAUAGGCAAUGUUUAGAUAUACAUAAGUCUUUUUUUUCGUUUUGUUUUUGAGUGAUUUUGAACCUGGUCAGUAUUUGAUAUAAUUGUUUAAGUAUGUUGGUAUUGCUCCAAAAGUUUUGUCUGGGCGUAUGUCUUACACAAUUUACAGUCAUUAUUACUUAAUUAAUGUUUGCUAAAGUUUCAGCAGUUGUUUGCCCUCUGUGUGGGUCAGUUAUUUUUUAUAUGUUCAUAUCUGCAAAGGAAUUGUCAAUACCCUAAUUCCUCAUCCAUUUCGCAUACGAAAGAGCAACUUUUAGUUCAGUUUUUGCACAUUUUUAAUUUGAUUUUGGAUACAAAACUACAUUGGCUUGAGUGGUCAAUUUCAGGGCUUCACAAAAGUGUAAUUUUAUCAGUCUACUCAGAAUAAUGCCUUCAGAACUUGCUUGAAUAAACACUUUGCAAACAUGCGAAAAAGUUAAAGAAUUACUGUACCAUUAUGAAGGUGAAAUACUUCUGAUUAGUUCUGUGUUAAAAUAACAUCAGUAUAAACCUUUCAGCUGUAUAUCUGGAAAAAUGGAUAAAGUUAUCGACACUCAGCUAAUAUUUACUUGAAGGAUUCAGGUACAUGGCGAUAUUCCUUUGUUCGGUUUAAACAAUAUGAAAUUCUAAUGACUGAAAGACUUGAUAGCUAGCCGACGCCAAAAACAGAAGUUAAAAUGAACUGUAACAAAUGUAUCUGCUUGCUAGCCUUUCUGAAAGAUCUUGCAUGUUCAAGCCAUGUAUCGUAUCAUGUACAUGUGUGUGGAUGUUAAUUGUUCAGACAGUAAUAUAUUCAGUUUGAAGACCGUGGAACACAUUGUGAAGUUAUACAGAUGCCGUCUAAAUGCUUGUUUGUAUCGAUGAAGCGAAAAUGAUUAGGUUCCGACUCCGAACUGUCGUUUCAUUUUACAUAGGGCUACAGCAAAACGAGCCGUACACACAUUACCAUUUAUUAGUGCUCAUCGCUUGUGGAAAAUGGCAGGAGCUAUGUACAUAAUAAUGCAGAUCAUACCAGAUGAUAUAUGUAUGUUGGUUACCAUGAUUGUUGGAAAAUAUUAAAGUUUUAAAGACGAGUGGCUUAAUGUACGUCUAUUAGGUUGUAUUUUUCCUCAUACGUUAAAAGGCUGUACAGGAGAUUUUGGCCAAAAAUCUAUAUUCGCUAAUCGUAUUUUCUGUAGUUAGGAAGAAUAGCUCAGAUUGUCGCCUGUCAGUAAAUAUCACAUUUGUACAUGUAUUGUUUAUAGUGUUAAAAUGAUUCUACUGUUUGAAAAAGUUAUAAUGCGACCCGGAUUUUUCAUCUUUGGAGCUUUAUUGCCGAUUUUGAAACGUAACACGUACUCAGACGAAGCUGAUAAUUUGUGAAAGGUAAUGAUUAGGUCUAUUCUA